AUGGCAUUGGGGUUAGGUUUGCAAAAACCAGAAGAGGACAGAGAUUGGGUGAUGAGUAAGAAUCUGGUGCUCCAAUGGCUCGAGAAUCCUGUCAAGACAUACGGGUACCAAACUACAGCGACACUGCCUAAAGCUCGGUGGCUACUGGUGCUCGACAAUGUUGAUGAUUUCGGGGUUAUGGAAGGAUUCUGGCCUCCAAGAGGGACAGGAUCUAUACUGAUGACAAGCAGAGCGCCGCAUGUUGGGAAACUCACCUCUUAUUCCGAUGCAGAUCAUGAAACAUCGACCUACAGAAUCGCGCUAGAGCCAUUCACUGAAGAAGAAGGACAGAGGUUUCUACAUAAGCUGACGAAUCGUAAACGGACACAUGACAGCGAGCAAGCAGCGCGGAAACUCGCUCGCCGCAUUCAAGGUUAUCCCCUGUUCCUCACACAGUUUGCUGGUAUGAUGAGCGACGGACUAUCCAGCUUCAACGAUCUGCUGAAAAUGUACAAUGAAGAACUUCAUCAUCACAAACUACACGGAGAAAGACAGGAGAUACGCAACAGCAAGUAUCCACAUACUACAGCUACAGUAUGGAUGCUUGACAAGCUUGAUGCAGCUCCUCGUAUGGUUAUGAAUGUCUUGUCAUUUCUUGACCCCGAUCACAUUCAAGAAGAGAUUUUGACCGAAGGUGCGGCAAAGAUCAAGGCCAGAGAUUAUCCGAAGACUUGGAAUGAUUAUUUCGCAGCCCGCCAAGCACUCUGGAGACGAUCACUACUUAGAACUGCGGAAAACCGGAGCAAACAAGAAAAGGAUGAAGUAUUAACGAAUGACAGUGCCUCUGAGGAAGACAUCGGGUCCGUGACAGGAUCCAAAGAAGGGAUUAUCGAACAGGUCAAGUCUCAAUUAAGCGUCCAUCGUGUAGUUCAGGAUGCAUCGCGUUCUCAGAUGACGAGGGAACAGCUACGGGAGGCGUUUGAUACUGCUGUCGGUUUGCUUCUGACCCGAUGGAAUCGAAACGAAAGACUUUGGCACUACGAUCGCAAAGAUUGGCCACGAGCCGAACACCUGUAUCCACAUGUUGUUCAGAUGCGAUAUCACUAUGUGCAGCUAGAACUGGAAAGCCAGAGAACUAUCGCAAGUGUAGACUUUGUAAGGCUUCUAGACUGUGCAGCAUGGUUCAAUCACGAACGAGGAAGAUCUCAAGAAGCAAAAGAGCUGUUGACUACUGCCUUCACCGUGUGUAAGGAGUAUUUGGAUUGCAACGAGAGCCUGAUGUUCGAGAUUCACACUAGCCUUGGUUGUGUAGCUACUGAGGUCAAUGACCCUGAAACAUGCUACGAACACUACAAAAGCCUUUUACGAAUGACGGAAGAAAAGUAUUCAGAUCCCCAGAGCGAGGCCGACUUCGACGCUCUGAUGGUGGCCAAUAACGAGAUGGGUAUCGCCGAGAUGAUGAUGGGCCAAACCUGUAGAGCCAAGGAACUGUUUGAGAUUGCGCUCGACCAAGCAUCUCGUUUUCGUGAUGCUUCAGAAACUGCUAAGUCGAUCUACCUACUGGCAUCCGCCAAUCUAGGGUUAGCUCAAUGGACCGAUGGGCAAUACGAGGAGGCUUGGCACACGCUGCUACAAGCUUGGAAUUACCAUGAGGAGCUGACUCGCGCUGGAGAAAAUACAAGCUUUGCGCAAGUGGCGCCUACCUAUUCGAGAGACUAUGCUAACUCGAGAAGACCUGGUAGAAUCGCUCACGCUAUUGGCAACGUCAAAGACAGCCAGAACUGCGAGGAUAAAAGCGACAACGGGAAAGAGGCACUUGGAUGGUAUAAACAAGCAUACGAACACUACGAGAAAACAAUCGGCAAGUACCAUCAUAGAUCAGCGGAUGUGUGCCACAAGCUCGCGAUGAAGUAUAUUGAGCUUGGAGACUUCAACCAGGCACGCGAUUGCAUUAGCCAAGCCCUCAAAGUCUUCAAGACUCGAGAUUAUUACAGACCCGAACGCGCGCGAACCAAAAAUCUUGAAAGUAUCUUAGCACGACGUGAGGGCAACAUUGAACAGGCUGACAAGAUUUACGAAGAGGCUAAGAAGCUAUAUUGGAAGCAUAUGGAUGAAGCGAAAAAAGGGAAACUUAAAAGCAAGUCUCCAAAAGAAGCAGACUUCGAUAGUAGUGUGGCGUUCUGGUCCCGCUAA